GUCAAACCUUCGUGGACUCUCAUCAUUCACCAUGACCGGACUUCGUGCCUGCCUUCUUUUGGCCCUGACCAGUAGCGCUUUUGCUGGUCUCCUCCAUGGCGACCUUAGUCAUGGCGUCGGCCACUAUGGCAUCGGCCUCUCAGGCGUCGGCCACUCCGGGCUGGGUUACGGUUCUCUCGGCUACGGUCACGGCCUCGGCUACGGUCACGGCCUCGGCUACGGCCACGCCGUCGGUUUUGGCAACGGUUUUGGCUACUCUGGUCUGACCGGUUACACUGUUGCUGCUCCUGCCGUGAGCCGUGUCGUUUCCACCUACCACGCCGCCCCAGCCGUCGCCACCUACCACGCCGCCCCAGCCGUCGCCACCUAUCACGCCGCUCCAGCUGUCGCCACCUAUCACGCCGCUCCAGCUGUCGCCACCUACCACGCUGCCCCAGCUGUCACCAGGGUCACCACCUACCAGGCUGCUCCUGUUGCCACUGUCCACGCUGCUCCAGCUGUGGCCAGCUACCAGACCUACCAUGCCCCAGCUGUCGCCACCGUCGCCCACGCUCCAGCUGUGGCCCGCUACGAGACAUACCAUGCUCCAGCUGUCGCCACCGUCGCCCAUGCCCCAGCUGUGGCCACCUACCAGACCUACCACGCUGCCCCAGCCGUCGCCUCUUUCGCCCAUGCUGCUCCAGUCUAUGGAUACGGCGUUGGAUCCCUCGGCUAUGGUGUUGGCCACUAUGGCUAUGGUCACGGCCUGGGAAGCUACGGCCUGAACUACGGCUAUGGGCUCGGCACCUAUGGCGACUACGCCACCCUUCUCCGAAAGAAGAAGUAAAUCUUGCACGGAAGCCAAAUGUUACCCGAGGUUGCUGUGAUGCUCAUUCUGUCUGACCACCAAGAAGUACAAUAAAUAUUUUGAUAUAAAUCA